AUGGCUUUCUCGGCCAUCAACGUCGAGCCCGAAGACAACGUCGACGAGGAGAUCGACACCACCAAGGAGCUCCAGGUCGACGAUGCUUUGAGACUGUUCCACACGGCCCUCAAGCUCCAUGCGCAAGGUCCACGCUUCUUCGACCAGGCCGCCGAUGCCUUCGAUGCGCUCUUCAAGUCCGAAAUCUUCAAAUAUCCGGAGAGCAAGACCGAUUAUGAGCGUGCCGAAGCAGGGCAAGACGGCGCCCUCGCCGCCGAGCCCGCGUUUGCCCAGGGUCUGCCGGUCGUUGGCGCUGACGUGGAUGGAAUCGGCAGCAGCCUGCCGCAAGCUCUCUUUCUGUCGUAUAAGAACCAUGGCCAAUUUGUGAUGGAUCGCAUCAAACACAAGGCUAGCGCGGUGCCGUCAAACAAGGAAGCCUUCUUUGCAGACGCCGCCGUGGAGCAGGACGCCCGGAGAGCCUUGGACGACUUCUGUGCUGCCUUGGAUCGCGAUCCCUCAGACGCCGAGCUGUGGAGGAAAACCGCGCGGGUUGCCGCAUUCCUCAGGAGCGCCAGAAUCAGCCGAUACAGCUUGGAGGCUGCCAUAGAGCUGGACGACGACCCCGCCGUCGAUGAAGUUGAGCCUCCGUCGUUGGCGGAAGGUUUCGCCGGUGUGCAGCUCAAGCAACACCUGGAGAUCUUGGGCGAUUCUAUGGCACUGAGUCACCCCAUCAUGGGUCCCUUUGUGGAAAAGGAGCUACCGCUGUAUCUCUCGCGAUUCGCAGACCCGAUGCCGUUUUUGCCGAAUCCCACCCGCUCCCUGGCCGUCCCGAGGCUACACACAGCGGAAAUCGAAAGCCCACGCCUUGUCAUCCCCCUGCCCAAACUGUCUUGGGCCGAGCUGGGUGCGGCCAUGGCACGGCUUGUUGCGGAGGAGGGCCUUCCAGGGCGGGCAAUCUCGAUUCAACUGACCGGUCCAGGCGACGAAGAGGACGUACAAAUGGAGGUUGACAUGCAAUUGCAACCUCCCGAAUCCUCUUCUCCUUCUGAUCAAGGAGCCGAAGCGGUGAAAGCCAGCGGUGCCAUCGCCGAGGAGCCAAAGUCGGCAUUGACAGAGCCCCUCUCUACGAAUGAUCAGGCGGCAAAAGAUCCGAGCCCAUCCAUGCCACCCAGCAGGAAACGCUCGCAGUCAGCUGCAGGCAUUCCUGACGCACAGGAGGAGGAAGCUGCAGAUGUAAAGAGGAGCAAACGGACCAGACGCAGAGACGCGGCUGCCGAGGACGUCAUGGACUCGGCCACGUUUCUUGCGACGCAGCUGCAGCCCUUGCAAGCCGCCGAUCAGAACCUCUUCCAAACCACCAAGGAUCUCCUGGAGAAUCUUGGUGUGACCGACCCGCUGACUCUGGGACGGAUCGCUGAGGUCCUCGACUCGUGUGCGUCGGAUGAUCGGACGGGCAAAAUUCUCAACCCGGCCACGAUCGACCUUCGGGAUUGCAUCACCCAUUUCACCGAAGAUAUCGGCUCAGUUCUCCUAAGCAAGAGGGAACCUCCUCAACUGAGCCUCUCCGCCUUCCUCGAGCACGCAAAAUCGGGCUCUCAGCGAGCCCAAGAGGCGCCUGCGUUCGAUGAUUCUCGAGGCCUGAGGCAGUUCGUGGACAGGAACAACCAAGGCUGGAAUACCAUCCACGACCUUGGGUACGCGUACCUCACAGCCUUGGCCAAGACGUACAUGGACCGAAAAUGGCCGGAUCAGCUGAAAACAGCCAUGUUGGACGUCAUCAGACAGCUCGAGGAAAGCAUAUACGAUGGCUUCGUCCAUGACCUCGAGCUUUGCCGCAGCCGCCGGCCCUCGGCCGCACUUACCGAGCUAGCAGGGCUCGCACAGAUGAUGUUCGAGCUUCAUCUAGACAUCCUCGACCAGCCGACGGACUCAAACAGCACAGCCGAGCAGGGUACGAGGCAACAGGCACGAGUGCAGAUGGACAGAUGGAUGGAUCUAGCCGCUGAGAUCACCAGGCUCCGAGACCCCGAACCGGACGAGGAUCUUGCUGUCCGCUUCCUCUGGGCCGCAGUCACAUCCAUCACCAUGACCAAAGCCGCGCCCCGAGACCAUGUUCUUAACUGCUGGCAUAGUCUACGCGACUUCCUCGCCCGGUCAGCCGGGGCCGAAAUCAAUCUUCCAAAUUGCGCCGUCAUGCCCGAGAUCUCGACGGCAGCCGCCGAGCGCGAGAUAUCUAAGCUCACGACGAUGGACUUCUUUUUGGGGUUGUUUCAAGAAGAAAAGGACGAUCCAGUGUCGGUGAUUGAAAGCUUGGAACCAGUCCUAAACCCCGAAGGCGUCUACAUCACCAUACCAACCGCUUCCGAGCCAAAAGGGGUCGACGGCGUUGGUAGCGACCCGGACCAGCCCCGCAAGCUUCCCAUCACGGAGUGUGCCAGCCAGGAGCUGGCGGGCCUCUGGAAAUUUCUUCGGAACAGCAAUACGGAGAUGCGGCUAUUGCUGUGGUCAAGGCUCGGCGAGGCUUACGGAACCAUCCAGUAUACGACCAAGCAAUUUUCGUGCUUCCUUCGCAGUAUCGAGACCAUCGUCGCUGACCUGGAAGCCGACAACUACACGCACACCCCCGAGGAAGCGAGGAGGGGCCUGUUCAUCAGCUUGUUGAAAGCUCUGGACGACCUGAUCAUCCAAUCGCUGCACCUCGCCCUGAACAACAACAGCUCCUUCGACAUCAUCGACGAGGACCACUUAAGGUCGAGCAUGUCCGCGCUUGCGAAAAUCAGCUGCAUGUUACACGUAGCUGCCAUGUACGAGGACGAGGCACGCAUCGGGAUGAGGCCUGCGCCGGCAAGCGGCUCAGCCCUGAGGUCCUUCCUUAACAGGCUACAGGAGAUGCAGGUGCGGACCUGGUCGCUCCAGUAUACCAUGCUGAAAGUUGGUCUCAACCAGCACUCGGAGCGGUUCCCCAAGCCCGAGAGUGAUUUGGCCGACUACUUGGCUGCGGUGCAUCAAGUUCUGGGCCUCCGGAAAUGCUGCAAGGCCUCCAACAAGAUCUUCCUCAAGAUGAUGCGCGUGGAGCUUCUCAAGCAAAAGAACGUCGAGAACUGGGAGGACUACCUCGGCCAGGUCCUCUACGAUCUGCACGGCCUGAAGCUCGGCGUGGGCAUAUGGGAGGUCCAGGACCACGGCUGCGAGCCGGAGAAUCUGGAGAGGCGGCAGGCGCUGCAGCUGGUUGAAAAGGUCACGAUGCUGGCAAACAGGAUGUCUAUGAAGGAUCUGCUCAAGUCUGACCUCAAGACCACCAUCGAGCGGAUGCAGCAGGCGAUAGGGUCGGCCAAGUCGAGUCCUCAGAUGGCCCAUAAUCUCCGCAACUAUUCCGAGUAUCUCAAGGCGCCGAUCCACCCGCUGGAUCUGUACCAGGCGCUGUCCGGCAGGGUGCAAUUGGACGCGGUUACCAUCAACACGCCAGAGAGUGCGCCGGCCAAGCAGGGAUGGUUCUUCCUGUUGGGCAUGAUUGCGCUCACCAAGUUCAAGGGCGUCGACCUGAACCGCCGGCAGACGCCUGGCGCCACCGACGACCUGCGCAUCGGAGCCACCUUCUUGCGGCUACAGCUCCAGUACACGCCGGACCGCUGGGACGCAUGGUUUCGACUCGCCGAGUGCUUCGACUACGAGCUGGACGAGUCCGUCCUCUGGACGGCCGACAAGAUGAACAAGGAGCGCGCGGAUCUCGUGAAGAUCCAGCGGAACGCGAUACACAGCUACAUCAUGGCGCUGUCCCAUUCCUAUGCACGGGCGGAAGACGACGAGGCGCUGUACGACAUGUACCACGAGUUCGGGAUGAGGCUGUACUCGUCGAGCCGCGAGCCGUUUGCGAUGGAGCCGUUCAAACAUGGUGACCAGAGCAGAUUCUUCAUUGAACACGAAGGGCCAGGCACCUACAAUAGGAUUGUGCAUCCCGAGAUGACGGACUACCAGGUCUGGAAAUUUGCAGCCCACCUGUUCCGCAAGGCCAUGGCGGGCAAGCCCAAGGACUGGAAGAAUCCGUACAUGGUGGCCAAGUGUCUCUGGAAGAUGUACCAAAAGCCCGCUGAAGAACUGGACGAGAAGAAUCGGCUGCAUCGUCCGACCGUCCGGACGGUUCUCGACGCUCUCGAGAAGACCGUCCAAGUUGUGUCCUCACUGCCGAAGCCGCGCCACGGACAAGACCCAAUCUUGGAGCCCCACUACAAGAUCCUGUCGGUCGUUCACAAACUCGUCACUCGGGGUGACCUUGAUGCCCAAGAAGCGGCGGAUAUCCUACAGCGUCAACCGUACGCCCCUGGCCGUGGCGAGCGGGUCACCGUGAAUAGCAGCGAGGAGUGGGACAAGUACGUGGUCCGGUGCCUACGGUUCCUGCGGGACAAGGACAAGUCCAACUGGCAGCAUCGGCUCAUCAUGCGACACGCGCGCAUCAUGCUCAACCAAGACAUGUGGCCCUUGGAUGACGGCAAGCCGGCUAGUGCCAAGGCCGCCUUCGCCGUGCUGCGAGACAGCAUGUUCACGAAGACGAUGGUGAUGAACGUGUGGAAGUGCGACGCCGAGCGGCCAGGUCGGCACCACGUCUACACGGAGCGGUACAUUCGUUUCAUGGUCGGCCUACUGGACAUCCUGAACGACCGGGCCAACCUCGAGGCUGUGCUCCGCCGGAUCCGAAAGAAGGGCGCCGACUUCUACCACUUCAAUGAACUGUGGCAGUUCUGCGUCAAGACCUACGUCAAGCUCAUCCGGCAGUCAUUCGAGAUUGUCGCGACAGAGGAAGAUGUGUUCAGGAGCCUCAGCCCUGAAGAGUUCGACGUCGUCGGCGAGAAAAUUACCGAAUGGGCCACCACCGCCGCAGCAGAACACGACGCCGCUCUCAACGCCAUGAAAGAAGCGGUAGAGCUGAAGAAGCUCAACGCCAACCUGACAAAAGCAGGCGCCAUCGACGAUCUGAUCACGGACUGCUACUCGUCCAUCUACCUGCACGUCAGGCCCGACAUCCCCGGUUCGCAGCCCUCGCAAACCAGCGUCGCCGGCGCCGAAACCGAAGGCCCCGGCGAACCAAACCCGGAUGAUUGGGCCGCAACCGCGAUUGCAGCAACGGACCUCAAAACCAAAUUGCUCCACACCCUCGUCACCCGCGACAAGGACACCCCCUCGUCCUCCUCCCUCCUCACCCCGCUGCGCGCCGGCUCGGAGCAGCCCGACAGGGACAGAUCCGAGAAGCACUCGGUCGCGGGCGACACCGCACCGCGCGCCUCACGCGCCGGGGGCAUCAGGCGCCCCAACAUCCUGCGCAAAGCGGAGCAGGUCGUGCAAGCGGUCCUGCGCGCGGCCGAGGUGCCGCCGCGGUCGGCGGGCGGCGCCGGCGGCGGUGGUGGGAGCGGCGGCGUGCCGGCGGGGAAGACCCGGUCGAGGGUCGGGUCGAUGAGCAGCAGUGCGCGCGGAAGGGGUGCGCGGGCGGGGAGCGAGGGGAGCGAGCAGGAGGAGGAGGAAGGAGACGAGGAGGUGGAAGGCGGGUCGCAGCAGGGGGAGGAGGAUGUGGAGAUGAAGGAUGUUGACGAGCGUGGGGGCGGAAGGACGGCUGUUUUGAAGGCUGGGCGGGCGGCGGCGGCGGCGGCGGUCGGGGACGAGGACAGCGAGAUCUCCAGUCCGCCGGGCAGCGUGCACGACUCGGCGGACGACGAGAGCGAUCUGAGCGACGUGCCGGCGGAUUAUGAGGACGAUGCGCCGCCUACGCUGCUCUUUCCUAACUUGCGGAGAAGUGUGGACGCGGGAGUUGGGAAGGCGGCUGCGGAUGGGGACGAGGAUGGGACAGAUACGGAGAGUACCGAGGAUGACCCGGCAGAGACGGAGAGUGAGGCCGAGGAAGGGGGCGAGGGUGAGGGGGUCGGCGACGGCGACGACGACGGCGAGGAGGUCCGCGAGGCUGGGGAGAACGAUACAGAGGAAGAGGAGCAUGAGGAGGAAGGCGAUGGCGAAGGGGAUGAGGGUGAGACUGGAGAGGGGUUGCCACAGCCCACCAAUGGGGAAAAGGCCGAGGGCACCGAGGACGAGGAUGACGAUGAGGACGAGGGAUAA